ACUCGAGAUAAUAUCUUAAGUCCGUGAUGACUAGUAAGCACUAAGCAGGGCUGCUCAGACGCCGCUGGUCCAUGCCAAUCGCCAGUGUGGCAGUGUAAUUCGUAUUUAUCGUGAUCAACCACGGACUAAGAUAAAUAUAACAUUAUAAUAUCUUCCGUGUGUAAAUGGUUAACUGUCGGCUAAUCAGUAAUCGCGGUAUUCAAUAUCGAGGCCCGUUGAGUGCAGGACGUGUCGUGGCGAACAUCGUCAUGUGAAUCCAAAUACUACUAUCUAUAGUAUUUGGUGAAUGUCAGUGUAAGGAACGACUUAAAGGUUCCCUGGAUAUCGCUCGUCGUCAGCCCACCCGGCUACCAACAGCGGUAGGCCGCCACCCCCGUACGGUCCAGUCGCCAACGUAUAAACAAUUUGUUUACACGACGAGAAAACGUCGGCUCCCUACGAUCAUCAGCCGUGUGAUAUUGAUUACCGCGCCGCUAGCUGCGCCGCUUCGUCCCAAUCACUCGCCAUUGAUCCAGUUAGAGCUGAUAUCCUAGUGAUCGUUCACGUCAGUAUAACUGGAAAAGAAAAAUUUGCCAGCAGCAUUUGACGUCCUUGGUUUUCGGCCGCAGUAGAGUACGCCGUACAGUCCAUACUGUGUCCAUCCGAUACCCGUUGGCUUUCGCUAUCGAUUUAACGACCACCGCUCCGGCUUUAGAUUGUUAUUGUUAUUAUUGRUAGCACAUAAGUUGGUAUAACUAUGCCUUCCACAAACCGGAAAAAGUCUGGAGGCAACAAAUUUGAGUUCAGUGAAAAACAGAUGGCUGAUAUAAAAGAAGCGUUUGAAUUGUUUAACGUAGAUGGAUCUGGAUCAAUCGAAACCAAAGAGCUAAAGGUAGCCAUGAGGGCCUUAGGAUUUGAACCAAAAAAAGAAGAAAUCAAACGCAUGUUGCUUAGCUUAAAUAAACAACACACUGGUGUCAUAACAUAUGAUGAAUUUGUCACUUUGAUGUCCAUAAAAAUGGCAGAUAAAGAUUCAAGAGAAGAAAUUAUUAAAGCAUUUAAACUGUUUGAUGAUAAUUGUACAGGAAAAAUAACAUUCUCCAAUUUGAAACGUAUUGCCCAAGAAUUAGGGGAGAAUAUUGCGGACGAAGAACUUCAGGAAAUGAUAGAUGAAGCAGAUAAAGAUGGUGAUGGUGAAGUCAGUCAAGAAGAAUUUCUUCAAAUUAUGAAGAAAACCAAUUUAUAUUAAAUAUAUAUCACAUCCCUAUUCUAUAUAACAUAUUAUUUAUUUGUUUUAACACUAUUUUGUAU